AUGCAUACACUCAAAGCCAUAGCCGCCUCAUCGCUGUCUCUGCCGACUGACAAUUACAUUUACUCUAUCGCGGCGUCGGCUCCAGGCGCGUUCGCUGCCAUCUCUUCGGAUGAUUCCUUGCGUGUCUUUGACGCCACUAACCUUGAUCGUGUAUCGGUGAUCUCCCAUCAGACUCAUGAUUCAGGCGUUACCUCACUCCGCAGUUAUUCCACUGGGGAAUCCCAGCUUCUGCUGACCGGGGGCCGAGAUGGUAAAGUAAAGAUCUGGGAUAUCCGAACUGGAAAUGCAAUUGUCGAGAUGGAAACAGCGAAACAUGCUCCAGUGCUCUCUGUAGCCUGUAAUCCGCAAACCAAUACUCUUGUUGCAGGUACAGAGCUUGUCUCGUCCCAGGCGGUUGUUGCAUUCUGGGAUAUCAGAUCUCCCAAGACACCCAGUCUGCAAUAUGUGGAGAGCCACAACGAUGAUGUGACCGAGCUUCAAUAUCACCCGACCCGUAACAACAUUUUACUAUCCGGCAGCACGGACGGACUAGUUAACAUCUACGAUACAACUGUGGCAGAUGAAGACGAGGCUCUGGUGCAGGUCAUCAACCACGGCUCAGUACAUCAUGCCGGCUUCCUCUCCGAACGGACCAUCUACGCCCUGAGCCACGACGAGCAUUUCUCUGUACACCCAGCCACGGAUCCCGACGAUGCGGCGCAAGAUCCUGAGCCUGUGCAUUUCAGCGAUGUACGUGAGCCGUUGGGCUGCGAGUAUGUUGUUCAGCUCUUUGUCGGCUCCCAGGGCCCUUAUAUGGCCGCUGGAAACAAAAUGUACGUACAAGAUGCUGUCUAUUCUUUGAUUGAAAUGUGCUUGGGAGCCCAGCCCAGCACGUGUCUUUUGUUUCUUUCCGUUUGGAUUCUGAUUUCUUCGUUGUACAGUGACAAGCGCCUGGAUCUGGUUCCGCUCGUUUCCAGCCCGACAUGGCAAUUUGACCAGGAUAAUCUCUGGCGUCUACCAGGCGCUCAUGGCGAUGAAGUCGUACGCUCAGUAUACUUGGAUGAACAGAGUCAAUCGGUCUUUACAUGUGGGGAGGAUGGAUUUGUCCGGGCUUGGAAGCCUACUGAUGAUGACGAUGGAAAUGGAUCGCAGGCCCAGGUCGGAUCAACAAAAACCACUCGGCCGAAGGAGAAGAAAAAGGACCGAUUUAAACCCUACUAG